UCCCUCCCCAAAGUGUAGAGCUGGAUCGUGGGGGAGCGCGGCGGCGUCUCUGCCACCAAACUCCUGGGGCUCCGCCGCGUUCGGAACCACCUCCUCCCUAGCCCGAAGGGGCUCUCUCCCCAGGCUGCAGCCUCACUUUCCCCUGUUUUUCUUUUUCUUUAAAAAACACCCCACCCCUCUUCUGAUCGCAGCAGCUAGUCCAUCCCACGCUCCACUCUCCGGAGCUGCCCAUCCCUCCGGCUGCCGGCGAGGACCGGCGCUCAGCCUUGGGCCAAGCAAAGAAGAAAAACUUGUCGGAGGGGUUUCUCCAGCCUCCACUAACCUCCUUCUCUCGGGAACACCAAACGCCCGCCGGGGCCAGUCAUAAGUCUGGGAAAGUUCCUCUGGUGCUCAGCGCCCUCUUGGAUCUGGAACAGCACCGGCGCAGCCAGUGGAAUUAGAUCUGUUUUGAACCCAGUGGAGCGCGUCGCGGGCGUUCGGAAGUCACCGUCUGUGGGCGCCCGGGUGGCGCUGCCUGCGAGGACCCGGGAGUUUGCGGGCCCGACUGCAAGUGACCUUUCCUCCCGUACUUGGUUGAUUCUGUCUCGGCUGGGGGCUGCGAGGGUGACGAGUUGCGGUGAGAGCUCCCGAAGUUCAGAGAGGGCUGGACUAUCUCUCCUUCGCUUCUCUGCUACCCGGAGUGAAAUCCUAGCGAAACUGCCAGAGGCCUCCGGAUCCCACCCAAGACUCACCCGCAGAGCUCAGCCGUGUCGCCCCAUCCCCACGGAUAACCCCGGAGCCCAGGGCCUCAAGGAAAGAUUUGCUGGGCAGGGGAGGGAGGUCGCGGCAGCGGCAUGGCGAGGUUCCGAAGGGCCGACCUGGCCGCUGCAGGAGUUAUGUUACUUUGUCACUUUUUAACAGACGGGUUCCAGUUCGCCCGCGGAGAGCCUGGACACCAUAACAAUGAUUGGAAGUAUGAAGUUGCAAAUGCCUUUCUUCAGAGUGAAGACGGGGUGGAAGUGGACUCUCAAGCAUACAGCCAUAGGUGGAAAAGAAACGUGGACCCUUUUAAGGCAGUAGACACAAACAGAGCCAGCAUGGGUCAAGAUUCUCCAGAGUCCAGAGGCUUCACCGAUCUGCUAUUGGAUGAUGGACAGGACAAUAACACACAGAUCGAGGAGGACAUGGAUCACAAUUACUACAUUUCUCGGAUAUAUGGUCCAACGGAUUCUGCCAGCCGAGAUCUGUGGGUGAACAUAGACCAAAUGGAAAAAGACAAAGUGAAGAUUCACGGGAUACUUUCCAACACUCAUCGGCAAGCUGCAAGAGUGAAUCUGUCCUUCGAUUUUCCAUUUUAUGGUCAUUUUCUAAAUGAAGUCACUGUGGCAACUGGGGGUUUCAUAUACACUGGAGAAGUUGUACAUCGAAUGCUCACAGCCACACAGUAUAUAGCUCCUUUAAUGGCAAAUUUUGAUCCCAGUGUAUCCAGAAAUUCAACUGUCAGAUACUUUGACAAUGGCACAGCUCUUGUUGUCCAGUGGGACCAUGUCCAUCUGCAGGAUAAUUACCACCUGGGAAGCUUCACAUUCCAGGCCACACUCCUCAUGGAUGGACGCAUCAUCUUUGGAUACAAAGAAAUCCCUGUCUUGGUCACACAGAUAAGCUCCACCAACCAUCCAGUGAAAGUCGGGUUGUCUGACGCAUUUGUCGUAGUCCACAGGAUCCAGCAAAUACCCAAUGUUCGAAGAAGAACAAUUUAUGAAUAUCACCGAGUAGAACUACAAAUGUCCAAAAUUACCAACAUUUCAGCUGUGGAGAUGACCCCACUCCCCACAUGUCUCCAGUUCAAUGGCUGUGGCCCUUGUGUGUCCUCGCAGAUUGGUUUUAACUGCAGUUGGUGUAGCAAACUGCAAAGAUGCUCCAGUGGAUUUGACCGCCAUCGGCAAGACUGGGUGGAUAGUGGAUGCCCGGAAGAGAUACAGUCAAAAGAAAAGAUGUGUGAGAACACAGAGCCAGGGGAGAUAUCUCAAACUACCACGUCCUCUUAUACGACUACCAUGCAAUUCAGGGUCCUGACCACCACCAGGAGAGCUGUGACAUCACAGAUGCCUACAAGCCUGCCCACAGAAGAUGACACGAAGAUAGCACUGCAUCUCAAGGACAGUGGAGCCUCCACAGAUGACAGUGCAGCUGAGAAGAAAGGAGGAACCCUCCAUGCAGGCCUCAUUGUUGGAAUCCUCAUAUUGGUCCUCAUUGUAGCAGCGGCCAUUCUGGUGACAGUUUAUAUGUAUCACCAUCCAACAUCAGCAGCCAGCAUCUUCUUCAUUGAGAGACGCCCAAGCAGAUGGCCAGCAAUGAAGUUUCGAAGAGGAUCAGGACAUCCUGCCUAUGCAGAAGUUGAACCAGUUGGAGAGAAAGAAGGUUUUAUUGUAUCAGAGCAGUGCUAAAAUUUUAGGACAGAGCAGCACCAGUACUGGCUUACAGGUGUUAAAACUAAAACUUUGCUUAUGCAUUUAAGACAAACAGACAUACACCCACAACCACAUACAAAGGAGCACUAAACUGCUGUAGACAGAAGGGCGACGAGAUUUCUGGACAAGCCCAGCCCAGGAACAUUGAAAGGAAAACUCAAACUUGUACAAGACACCAUGUACACUGAAUAAAGAAUUCCCUAGUGGAAUGGCUUCCAUGGUUCACAAGGAACAUCUCCUGUGGACUUGCCAGGAGUGUGACAAGAUGACGAUGCUUUUGGCUUAGGUGCAGGGUUGCAAAGUGAUCAAGGAAAAAAUAUGAUAAUAAAUAAAGCUUUAGUUCACAAGGGAUCUACACCUUUGGUUCAAAUGUUCUUCUCUGACGUCUCAAAGAUAAUCAUGUUCCAAAGCCUGAACGCUUUCACUGGAAAGAGCAAUGGUGAAUGUUUCAAGAUUGCAGGGAACAAUAGCUCACACAAGAGCAAAAACAAACAUGAAUAGAGGGUUUUCUAUCUUUUCCAAACAGACUAUAUGCAGAUGGAUUUUAUGUUUUGCUCUAGAUGCCGUUGUCCAAAUAAGUUCAUUACUUUGCGGGAUGAAUAUUUCAUCUGUUCAGAAGUUCAGACUAUGCUUGCCUCCUCCUUGGUAAUGAAUACCUUUUUUGUGAGCUGUGACACAAUUCCCUAAUGUUAACCUGAGGACCAGAGAUGAGGGAGUAGCCAGUGAGGUUUUCCAUUCUCUCGCUGUAGAAAAGAAUGAAAUUUGCUUUCUGAGGUGCUGCUUCCUCUCCCACUUGGAGUCCUAUGAAGCCUCAUUUGCUCUUGGCUCAUGAAAAUGGACAGAAUUAAAAGGAAUAUUCAUGAGAUCAUUUUUUUGGGACAAAUAUCUUAAGGGAUUUUUUUUUUUUGUGAAGUUCACCAUUUCUGUAUGAAAAUCUCAUUUCAUUGUCAGUCCCUGUGUAAGAUGCCAUUCAAGUCAACAUAUCCCUGGUGAUAGGAAAAAAAAAAUGAAAUGAAAUAACCCUGCUGAAUCACACAAUAAUUUUCUUUAAAGCACAUAGUAGUUACAUAAAUAUAUAUAUAAAUAUAUUUUUGUUUAUAACUAACACAAGGCAGGCUCUUGUGGCUCUAAAGAGUGUAUUUUGUCAUCAAGACAAAACAAAUGCAAGAUGCAUCACUGGUUCCUUCCAUAACAUUGUAAUAUAAUCCUCAAUAUUUUUGUUAUUUCCAUAAAUGGUUCAUUUAGCUGCAGCAUGUAUCAGUUUGCCUCUUCUUGCAUCCCCUGUACCAUUUAUGCCAACUCUUCCCUCCUUGAUUCAUAGAAGCAGUUGUAAAUGUCCCUUGAGUCAUUUUCAUUUGAACUGAUUGUAAUCCAAAUUUUUGAGGGAAAUUCCCAAGAGUAAAGUAAGGAAGGGCACCAGUCAAGGAGGAAAGAGUUAAUGUAAACCAUACCCUAAACAUGAGUUCAGGUACAUUUCUACAAAUGGCAUGCCCUAUAAAACUUGCACAUUCUGUGCCAAGGAAAAUUCUAGUUCUUACAAGGUACAGCGUUCAGCAUUUGCAGAUUCAGGUCUCACAAAGCAAAUAUCCUUACCAGUAGCACCUUACUGACAGGUUACAAUCUGCGUACAAUGUCUACACUGGACAGCUGACUGUCACGCUAUCAUCUGCCAUAAGCAAGGUGUCUUUUCUGUCACAUGUAUCCUGCUUUAUACUUUAUACUUGCAAAUACUUCAAGUAUGUGACAAUGGUAACUUUUCCCUAACCUUAGUUUAAAAUGUCAGAAAAGAAAGGUAGAAGAGGAACAUGGUUGCAGGACGUGAUGACAAUCUGUACCCCAGCUAUGCUUGUGUUAUAUGUAAUAUCUCAGCUUAUUCUUGUCAGUAGAAUUUUGGUGAGAAAGCAAUAACCAAAUGACUUGCCAAUGUAAUUGGUGCAACUGGUAUUCUACAGACACAUAUGGUACACAGAGACAACUUCAUUUUAGGGUGAGAUAAGGAUGCUUUCACACACUGUGGUAAUAACUAUGGAUUCUAACAGCAAUGGACUGGCAGCUGCCUUGAUAUCUUUCCAUAUACUUUUUACUCCUUGCAUAUUUCCUUCAAGUAGUAAUGUUAGCCUUAUAUCCUUCAAAGCCCAUUUUCCAGUUUAGACAUAAAAUAAUCAAUAGUUCUGUUAAAUGAAUGCACAAGACCCUCUAAAUUAUUCAGUAUACCAAAGCACCAAGUAACAGGAGAAAAAUAAUUAGAAGCAAAAAGGAUGCUAAGUUCUGCUUUACAUGAAUCCAUAAGGAAUGAGAGGAAAUAUUGGGAGAAUCUUGUCUUGCUAGGAAAUUCUAGUUCUGUUUUUGCUUCUGGAUUGUUCUUGAUUCCUAUUUUCUUCAAAGGAAGGGCAUAGAGGAUUUCCAAAAACUUCAAAAAGGAGUCCAGUGGCAUGGAUUUCAUCUGAAUUAUGCAUUACAAAGAGUAGACACAAGCACCUUAGUCAACAUUCUGUGAGAAUGAAGAAAGAUUAGCACUGGCAUUUUUAUGAGAAAAACAACAAUGGACUGCAUACAACCUUAGAGGAAAUUAGAGAAAUGGUAUUACAAAGGAACUACAUAUGUCAUCUUAAUUAUUUGUAAGAGUGGUAAUCAGUGAUCAGAGUUACAAAUCAACUAACAAGAUGUUACAGACCACUUAUUGGCAUGUUUGUGAAUGGUUGAGACCUUAUGGGACAUUAAUAAUUAGAAAGAGAAUCAUUAAAGGUGAAGGACAACUGAGCAGGAAAGUUAUUACAAUAAGGCUGUUAGAGUAUUUAGUAGACUUUCAAAUAUAUGAUCAAGAGUGGUGCUGUCUAUUAUAUAUACUGGUCAGAUAUGGGUAAUAAUCUUUAAAUUAAAUAAAUUUUCAUUUGGUUGACUGGGCACAUUUUUGAAUGACCCAUAGCCACACAUGGCUCAUGGCUACCAUUGUAGGCUAUACACAACACUUAUAUCAUUGCAGAAAGUUUUACUAAAACAUACUAUAGUGUUUCAAUUGAACUAUUUGCUUUUGAAGGAAAUUGUGGAAGCAAAGAAGGAAGGAAGAAAGAAAGGAAGGAAGGAAGGACAUUUAAGAGCUCUUAGGUGUAUACAAACAAUCAUUUUCUUGUAAUCUUGUAAGAGAUACCUCAUAAAGAAAUGACGAGUAUACCAGUGGACAUGGCUUUGUAUCUUCAUAGUGUAUCUUUGGAAAGACCACUUCAACUUCCAUGAGUCUCAAUUUU